CUUAAAUUAUCCGUCCCAACCUAUUCUAUAACGAACAAUAUUAAUAUAUUUCGGUAAUGCAGUGAAAAUUUGACAAGCCAAUAAUAUCUCUGUAGAAACAUUGAUGACCGCAGGUAUAUGUACACGUCACGUGAUAUGUAUAAACGUUGUCCAGUCACAAUCGAGAUUUUCGGUUAACUGCAAGCGUAUAUUUUUUCGUCGUCGUUCGUUAAUACAUUCGUGGCUCUUAUCAUGCGCAAUGUUCAUCAUAUAAUUUAUUAAAUUAUUAGGUCGAGGAAAUUACCUCAUUGACUUGAUCGAAUUUGUUUAUUAUUCUGCUCUGUCAUUUCAAUUGAUUCUAUUCUCUCUCACACUAAUUUCGCGGGGAGAGUAACAUGGACGGUAAUAAAGAUGAAGCAGAACGUUGUGUCGAACUUGCUGAACGUUAUUUACGAGAAAAAAAAUUUGAAGAUGCGGAGAAAUUCAUACGUAAAGCACAAAAACUUUAUCCAACGCAAAAAACAGAAGAUUUAUUAACAAAAGUUACAUCUCUAUUAAAACAAAAUGUGAAAACUGAAUCAGAACCUACCGUUAGAAAGAGACAUACUACUAAUAAAGAAAGUUCUCAAGCCCAGAAUACCGUUGAAUAUACAAAAGAUCAAUUUGAAGCUGUAAAAAGAAUUAAAAAAUGUAAAGAUUAUUAUGAAAUUUUGGGAGUAAGUAAAGAUGCAACAGAUAGCGAUAUUAAAAAAGCUUAUAAAAAGCUAGCACUUCAAUUACAUCCUGACAAGAACAAAGCUCCAGGAGCUGCAGAAUCAUUUAAAGCCAUUGGAAAUGCUGUUGCUAUUCUUACGGAUGUUGAAAAACGGAAACAAUAUGAUCUGUACGGUCCUGAAGAGGAACGAUUACAAAGUAGUCAAGCUCGUCAAAAUCAUACCCAUUAUAAUUACACACGUGGUUUUGAAGCUGAUAUAACAGCAGAAGAAUUAUUUAAUAUGUUCUUUGGCGGAGGGAUACCUCAGCAAGAAUUUUAUAUGAGACGUACAGGUGGUAGAUGGAUGAGACAGCAAGAAACACAAGCUCAGAAUGCUCAUUCUCAGCAAGCAAAUGGAUAUACUACAUUUGUCCAAUCAUUACUUCUUUUGUUGUUAAUAUUGAUAUCUAUGAUGAGCAGUUUUUUUAUAUCAGAUCCUUUAUAUAGUCUACAUCCUAGUGCCAAAUAUUCUAUAGCAAGAAAAACCCAACAAUUGAAAAUACCAUAUUACGUCAAGGAAAACUUUCAUAACGAAUAUCAAGGCAGUUUGCACAGAUUAGAAAUAUCGGUUCAGGAAGAAUAUUUAUUAAACUUGAGACAAGCAUGUUAUAGGGAAAGAAAUUACAAGGACGCACUGUUAUGGAAGGCUCGUAGUUUUCAAGAUCAAGAAAUGUUUCUUAAAGCUAAAAACAUUGAUACACCUUCUUGUAAAAAAUUACAAGAAUUACAAGAAGUUUCAUAGCAUAUUCAUGUAACUCAUUAAAAUUGUGUUGUAGAUAGAUGUAUAUUAUAUUCACGCGUGCAUAUUUAUUUUGAGUGUGACGCAGGACGUUGAGUUAUAUGUUCGUAUCUACUGUCAUACAUCGCGCGCCUUGCAUAGCCUGUCAUUAAUAAUAUGGACCAUGCAUGAUGUUUGAUCCGUAUCUAAAUUGUUAAUUGUUUGCUAGAAGAUAAAAUUUGAAUAGCCCAUUUAAUGGUAAUUCCAUUAGUAAAAUGAUAUUGAAUUUAUAUUAUGCAAUUAGAUGAGAUAAAUUUAGCUUUUUUUAGAUUGAUCGUGUCAGUCAGGUAAUCAUAAAAGUUAUUUAUUUUCGUAGAUUGAACGAUGUUCUUUACGACUCAGAAAUUGUUCAUAUAAUCUUAAAUUUUUUAAUAAACAUCAAAAAUUCUUAAUUUUUUUAAAUUCGGUUUUUUAUAGUAAUAUAAGUGAAAAAAAUAUGUUAAAGUCAUGUAAAGUUUUAUUGUUUUAUUUCUUUUUUUUUACUAUUAUAUAUAUAUAUAUAUAUAUAUAUAUAUAUAUAUAUAUAUAUAAACAUAUGUUUCUAAAAAAGACUCUUCUCUUGGCUGUGAUGGUAGUAAAUAAUGGAUAUACCAUCUAUGCAUGUUGAUGAAGAAGCAAAUCAUUAAUAAAUGUAAAUUGUCUUAUAAGAUAAAUACAGAACAGUCAAGAUUGAAGUUUCCACUAUAAAGUAUUAUUAAUUUCUGCAAUUAUUGUCAGAACCUGUAUAAAAAAGAAAUUGAAAUAUUUAGAAUAUAUUAAAUUUAAAAAUUAACUCGACAUAAAAAUGAUCUUAGUAAUAACAUGUAAUUGUUAUAAAAAUAUGUUUAAUAUAAUUUAAGUGCAUAAUAAUGCAUCCUAUCUUAUAUAUUAUUUUGCUUGAACUACUAUGGAUGAAACAAAAAUUAUUCCUGACUAUAAAAUUUGAUUCUGUCAAUGCAUACAGAGAAAUAAUGUACAAGAGAGUCUGCUUUUAUAAAAUUAAAUGCAGAGAUUUAAUUCUUUCAGAGUAGAUCAGUUAGGUAUAUAUCUUAUUGCAUUAUAAAUUUUUAUAUGAAAACAGAUGGUAAAUAGUUAUUAUCAAAGAGAUUUGUAUGUAAUUACAAAUCAUAAAAAAUGGAUCUUUAAAAAUAAAUAAAUAAUGCAAAUAACAUACGGAAAUUAGAUCGAUAUUUCUGAACUCAAUAUAGUCUAUCUAUUGUUAUUUACUUAUAACUUUUAUUAUAAAUUUUAAACAAACACAUUCUACCAAUAGAUUGUGGUGAAAUGAAAUAGGGCAUAGCUUAUCUAAUACUAUACACUAUUAUUUUAGAUCACUUUAAUAUACACAUAUUUAAUCUUAAUCAUUGUGCAAUGGUUUAGAUUACUUCAACAAUAAUACACAUAUCUCGAGGAAAGUGUAUUUCGUUGAGACACUCUUUUUAUUGAUGCAAUAUAUGCAAUUUUUAGUAAAUAUAAAAAAUUCCAAUUCUGCAUAUAAUCGCCAUUAUAAUUAAGAUACUAUCAUUAACGUAUUCUAUUUCUCCAAUUCUCAUUAUAAUUAUUUAUUUACAUAUAAAAUAUUAUUAAGCAAUGAUUUAUGUAUUACGUACGUCAUAAAAUAUUAUUACUUGAUUGGAAAAUAAAGAUAUUCUCAGCAAGUAA